AUGACCUACAUUUCUGAGAAAGCCAAAGACUUUAGAGAGCAAGCAGAUGAUAUUUUACUUUACUAUUACUCUCAACGUGUACCCAUAUUUCAUUCCCCAGCAUUCCAGUGUUCUCACUUCCUCCUUUUUCUCCUUGCUGCCUCAGUGCCAACAGAGAAGAAUCUGGUUUCUCAGUUUCUGGUUGGGGAGUCACUGUGGCUCCAAGCAGCCAGGAGAAAUUGCAGAUUCUUUGAAUACAUAUUCCUCUAUAAAGACGCAGUGCUGUUUCAGAUUGAACAAGUUACAAAGCUGUGCUCAAAAAUUGCUCUGACUGAGCCAUGGGAUCCUUAUGAUAUUCCUGCCAAUUCAACUUAUGAAGAUCAGUACUACAUUGGAGGACCAGGAGAUGAAAUUAUGGUACAGGAAUGGUCUGAUAGAAAGCCAGCCAGGAAACUUGAAUCCUGGGUUGGAGUUUACACAAUUAAGGACUGUUACCCAGUACAGGAAACCUAUACCAGGAACUACAGUGUGACAACUUCCACCCGUUUUUUUGAUCUACAGCUGGGUAUUAGUGACCCCUCUGUGUUUACCCCACCCAGCACCUGCCAAGAAGCACUGCCAAGACGGAUGAAAGAUGAGUGCUGAUUAUGGAUGUUGGCUGCCACAGCGAACAAAUAAUAAUGAAGGGGAUGACAAUUAAUAAUCAACUGUUGACAUCCAACCUGAUUUUCAAGCUCAUUGUUGCUCUUUUGGGAAUCGUAACAUUUUUGUUUGCACGGGAACAUACCAUUUAAUUGAGUAAUAUGUAUAACAAAAAAGAUCUCUUUUUCAGUUGUUCCCUAUGUUAGACUCUGUUCAGCGAUGCACUUGCUGUUGUAGAGUUUCCACUAAAGUUAUGUUUAUAGAUCCUGUUUAUUUUAAUUGUGACUAAUUUUUUAAAGAUUUUAUUAUUUAAUUUUCCAGGAUGACAACACAAAAGUAUGUUGUGCUCUUAACAUGAAAAAGGAAAGGCAGAACAUUUUUGUUACUUAUGAAGAGACUGAUAUGCAGUGAGGUUAGCAAAAAGUAUUGUGUGCUGAACUGUAAACACAAGAUGGCACUUAAGCAGAAUGUGUCAGAGAGAUUAAAUAUGAUCUCUUGGCUUCUGGGUUUCAUUUUUUUGGGGUUUUCUUCUUUUUUAUUGUUCAGAAAGGUAAUAGUCAAGUCUUUGGUUUGUUUAAUGUUUUCCUAAGAAACCAGAGUAACUGUUCAUAUAGCACUAAUAUAACAUUUGUAGAGAGUAAAAUAUAAAAUUAAACCAAAGUUUUCUUGUAUUUCCUAGUCCCAGAGAGUCUAAUUAGACAACUUUUUGGUUAUUUACAUUGCUAAUAGAUGCUUUGUCAAGGCAUUAUUACUUUUAACCUAUGCAAAGAGAUUAUAGUGCACUCUAAAUUGCUUUCAUAAUCCGUAACUCCUAUUUUCAGAAGUCUUCCCUUUUCAAGGAGUAUGAAAGGCUUUAUAAUUUCAGGUAGAAGUAAAAGCACCUGUUCCUGUCACCUGACUAGGCAAAAUUAGAUUUAUAUAUGUACAGCACCUCAUGUUUCAUUCAAGAGAAAGACCUGUGUGUGUGACAGAUUGGCGGGGGGAGGGGGGAGGAAGAGGUAUUUGAAAUGCCUUCUGCAUGGUAUGGUUACAGUGCUAGGAUCUAAGCAUAAUGACAAUCUUGCUUCUGUUUGCACCUACCCCUUUGAUCACUGAGCAUGUUUGGUGUUAGAUCAGCUUUCCAAGGCAUUAUCCUUUACAGCUUUUUGCUGGUGGGAGGAAGGAGACCCUAGUUUAACUUUAAAUAAAUAAAUAAUUACAUAAAUAACAUCCAAAAAGACCCAAGAAUUGCACUUUUAUAGCCAUAAAAAAGAAAAAAGAAAAUCUGCACAGGACAUUUAAAAUAAUAUGAGUUUAAUGGCCCCACUCUUUAUGCUUCUACAUGUGUUAUAAAUAUAUCUAUAUUCCACAAGUUUAAGAUUUUAUUUUUAAUCAAUAAUAUAUUUAUAGAUAUAUUUUGAUUUCCUUGCUAGCAUUGGGUUUUACCUCACUCUGCAAGUUGUCCUGCAAUGUAAGGGUUAGUUGCAUUUAGUGUGAGUUGGGAUGUCAAGUUAUGGAGCUGGUGUUAGGUGUUUAGUACUUUCACAUUGUCCUAGGUAUCCUUUCCUAGGACAAUUUUCUUAAAGACAAGAAUAAUGUGCACAGUGAAAGAGGGACUCUUGUUAAUACAAUGUAUAAUUUCUUAACCAGAUGCACCAUACCUUAUUAGUUUCUCAAACCUUAGUAGAUUUUAUCACUUAGAGGGGUAGCCCAAUAGAUGUGGUCUGAAACACUGCUUAGUGUACUGAGAGAAAUAUUACUUAGUGUAAUGCCUGUUGCACAUACCCGUGUGAAAAAGCUAAAAUAUAAUGUUAAUUAUAACACUUUCCCAAAUAUAAAAUUUUUAUUAGAAAAAGAAUAGGUUUAGCUAUGAAUUUAGUAUGCAUUCAGUCUGUGUGAUCCUUCUGUAUUUUUGUGACACCCUAAAUCUGAACUGUUUACUGUUUUCAUUAGGGCAAUGAUUAACCUGCAUUCCUUAACAUAUGUUUCUUUGAAAUCUGGGGAAUGUAACAAACCUGGCUAGCAAACACGGAACUGUGAUACUGUGUCAUUUAGGAUGAUUUUGUUGUGGUAUAACAAAUAGCUGUGUAAUCUGCGAAUAUGCAUUAUUUUCUGUUGACUAUUAUAUAAUCUCUAACAAUGAUGCUGGUGUUCCUUGAAAUAUGCAUUUGCAGAACUCUACAACAAAAAAUGCUUUUAAAAAUAUGCUGCAGUGAUAUCCAGGGUAAUUUUAGAUGGCAGGAUGGGUACCCUUUAAAACAAUGCCAUUGUCUUUGUAUAUCUGAAUGCUGCUCUACAGAGUCAAUAAAAAGAAUUGUCAGAGAAAAAAACAAA